CGACCAUAUCCGACAUUACGGUACUGUUAUUGUAUGGACUGUGCGGAAGUGCUCGACAAGCAACUUUUCUGUACACUACCUCUUGAUCAAGGAGGCACGCCAUUGACCAGUUCAAGACGGCCUCCAUUUCACCAUGAGCAAUCAAUCCAAAUUCAUAACAAUUGGCCUGGUCCUGGCUUUCGGGAUCGGCAACGCCUUCUAUGCAUUCGACCCAAGUUUCAAAGAGUUGAAGGAACAGCGAGAAGGCACGAAGUCCAAUAAAACACCGGAGAGCCUAAAGACCUCGACACCGGAGCCGGACCGGCAAGAAAAGGCUGCGUAAGGACGCAAUGGCGCCUAGCAACCGUCACCUGAUGUGAUUAUUCGCUUUCUCCUUUUCGAGAGCUCGGCCCCGCUCAAGGUCAUGCAAUAGCAAGAACCAAAGCGAGCGGUCCCAGACCUACAAAGAAGGAGUCCGGGAGACCCCAUCCCACAUGUAUUCCGUACAUUUGAGUAACAAGUGUCAAUAUAGCCCUGUAAUAGCCCACGCUUACUUUAGGCACUGUGUCCCGA